CUCAUUCUCCUGACAGUAACACACACACACACACACACACACACACACACACACACACGCACACACACACGCACAAACACACUGCACAGUGUGGAAUUACGAAUCCGGAUCUCGCUGUGGAUACCAGAAGAGUUUUUUUUUUGGACAAAACCUCCUAUGAGAGUCAGGAGGAGGAACUACAGCACGACUUCCCCUGAAGGAUCCAUCUCUAGGCCUCGUCAUCACGUCUAACAGAGACGCCACCAUGGCCGACGUCAUGAGCCUUGAUAACGCAGAGCACAUGAACAAAAUGACACACCUAGAAGACGCUGAGGAAAGCAAGACUCAGGUGGAAGAAAUGAACGGCGUCAAGGAGGAAAAAGAGACCAAGAAGGUGGGCAGGACGAGAAAGCGAGAACGGCCGCAGAAGAGCUCGGACAUCGGCAUCACUGAGGUGGACAACAUGAAUGACGUCGGGGAUUUGGAGGACGAGGUGACGGAGGACGGAGCCAACCUGACAGACGUUGCCCUAAAACAAGAGAGACUUCUCAAGACCAACAAACCAGUGCAGAAGAGCUACAUCCCGAAAACGGGCAAAGGAGACGUGAAGAGCAAGUUUGAGGCCAUGCAGAAGGUCAGAGAGGAGAGGAACCGCAUGAGGAGCGAGGAGGAGCAAAAGAAACGCAAGGAGCAGUACAUCAAAGAGCGGGAGAGGAUCCGCAAAAAGCAGUUGAUACAAGAGCUGCUUGCCUCCAGCGACGAGGAGGAGGAGGAAGUAAAACCGGCCAAAGUUGAGAAAUCCUACGUCCCAAAGAUCAUCGGCAGCGUGAAGGGGAAAUUCGCUGAGAUGGAGAAGCAGAGAGAGGAAGACCAGAGGAGGAAGAUGGAGGAAGAGAGGAAGAAGCGCGUCACUCAGGAGGCCUUGGAGAAGGCCAAGAUUAAGAAGGAGUUAGCCAAGAAGGUGGAGGAGGAAGGAGACAGCAGCAUCUUGGUGCGAGUCGUUCCAGCCAAAUCGCAGAAGCAACCUGGGAAGAUCAAAAUGAAUUUCGAGGACAUUGAGAAGAGCCGAGCGGAGGAGAUGAACAAGAGGAGCGAGGAGGAAAAAAAGAAGAGAUACGACGAGAACCGACGCUCAUUCAGAGAGGCCAAGCGAAGAUCCGUUUCCACAAACCAGGACGAUGAGGAGAGCCAUGGGAAAGAGAAGGAGCGCGUGACUCCAGGAAAGCUGUGUCUGACAUUUGAGGAGCAGGAGAAGGAGCGGCAGGAGCAGCAAAGGAAACAGGCUGAGGAGGAGGCCAGGAGGAGGCUCCAGGAGGAGAGGAAAGCUUUUGAGGAGGCCAAACUGGGCAUGGUUCAGGACGACGAGGACGUGUCCAGCGAGCAGGCUGAAAAGGAAGAGAUCAGACCAGGAAAACUGAGGCUCAGCUUUGAGGAGCUGGAACGACAGCGACUGGAGGAGGAACACAAACGCGUGGAGGAAGAAAGGAAGAGACGCAUCCUGGAGGAGAGGAAGGCGUUCGCUGACGCCAGGAAGAGCAUGAAUCUAGACGAAGAAGAUGACAUCCUGCUGGCAGCCAUGAGCGUGGACGAUGGGGCCACACCAGGAAAACUAGCCAUCAGCUUCGAGGAACUGGAGAGGCAGAGACGUGAGGAAGAGCAGAAGAGAAAGGAAGAAGAGGCCAAGCGUCGCCUGGAGGAGGAGAAGAGGCUGUUUGCAGAGGCUCGUAAGAAUAUGGAUCAGGACGAUGCCGUGACGCUCAGUGCUGGAGAAGCGCAGGAUGAGGACGACACCCUGGUCAGGACGGAGUCGCAGGAAGCAAUGCAUCCUGGGAAACUGGAGAUCAAUUUUGAGGAGAUGAUGAAGAUGAAAGAGGAGGAGAAGCGGAAAAGGAAGGCGGAGGCGCGACGCCAGAAGAUGGAGAUGGAGAAGAAAGAGUUAGAGCAGCUGCGUCAGGAGAUGGGCGAGUGUCAGGAGGAGAUCAACGAGACCACGGAGGUGGUGAGCCCCGAGUAUGAAGAGUUGACAAAACUGAAGAGAACCGGCUCCAUCCAGGCCAAGAACCUGAAGGUGAAGUUUGAGAAGAUCAAGCAGCUCACAGAGGAGGAGAUCCAGAGGAAGAUCGAGGAGGAGAGAGCAAGAAGAAAGGCCAUCGAUGAGGAGAUCAAAGAGAGGGAAUCCGAGCGCUGCGUGGAGGAUGAGGGCGAGGACAUGAAGGGUGCCGUGAAAGCGGACGACGCGCCAUUCAAGCAGAAAGUGGACAUGCGUGCACGGUUCGAGCAGAUGGCCAAAGCACGUGAGGAGGAGGAAAAGAGGAGGAUCGAAGAGCAGAAGCUCCAGAGGAUGCAGUUUGAACAGCAGGAAAUCGAUGCUGCUCUCCAAAAAGAAAGGGAGGAUGAAGAUGAAGAGGAAGGCAGUGUUGUGAAUGGUUCUGCAGUCUACGACGAGGAGGAUGAUCACGGCCGCUCGGGCGCCCCAUGGUUCAAAAAGCCUCUGAAGAACCAGACGGUGGUGGAUUCUGAGCCAGUACGCUUCACAGUUAAGAUCACAGGCGAGCCCAAGCCUGAGGUGACGUGGUGGUUUGAGGGUGAGCUCCUCCAGGACUGUGAGGAUUAUCAGUAUAUCGAGCGAGGUGAGACCUACUGCCUCUACCUGCCCGAGACCUUCCCCGAGGACGAGGGCGAGUACAUGUGCAAGGCUGUGAACAGCCGUGGCAGCGCCGCCAGCACGUGUAUUCUCACUAUCGAAACUGAUGACUACUGACAGGUCCUAUCGCACUCUCUCUCUCUCUCUCUCUCUCUCUCUCUUUCUUUCUUUCUCUCUCUCGCUCUCUCCAGCUGAGGACUACUGACAGGUCCCAUCGCUCUCUCUCUCUCCGGAACUUUCCCUGUCUUUUUCAUGUCUUUGUACUUUUUUAAAGUUCACAUCUCAUGGUAGGGCCAAACGUUCUUCUUCAGAGGAGGAAAAGCAGCCUGUGUGUUUGUGUGUGUGUUUGUGUUUGUGUGUUUUUCACCAUUCCUCCAAAGAAUCCGAUCAAAGUUGAAGUGAAAGAUGUGUUUACAUGUGAAAGCUGCCCUCACCAUCAGAAAGAAGACUUUCAGUGAUUUUGUGCCAAAACCAGACAGUCAGAUUCCAUCAGCUGUUAAAGACGUACACUUCGAUUUGAAAAGAUUUAUGGCUUGAAUAACGCAACAGGGUCAACUGCUGUUUCUACUUUAAGGAGGAAUGAAGGAAGUGGUCUGUUUAAGAGAAUCGGUUCUCUCAGAAAUAUAAAUAAUGUUGAAAAUGAGCGAUGUUGCAGUUCCAAAAAUUCCAGCUUUACUUCUGACUGUUACAAAGCGCUGACACUGGAGACUUCUUCCACAUGUUUCAUAACAGUCUCCUUAUAGAAAACAGCAGCACAUCAAUGGUUUUCAUGUAAAAUCUGUUGUGAAUCCACCAUUACUACGGAUUCAAAAGGCAUGUGGUAGACUAGUGGUUACUAGAUUACUAAUUGGAAGGGUGGGUGUUCAAAUCCCAAGUCCAUCAAGAUGCCAUUGAUGGGCCCCUGAACAAGGCCCUUAACCCUUGAUUGUGUAAAAAAAUCGUAAGAUGCUCUGGAUGAAGCUGUCUGUCAAAUGCAGGACAUGUAAAAACAAUAACAUGUGCUUUAAUAGAAACCUGAGCUGCUGUUCUAGAAACUUUUUCACCCACGAUUUCUGAGUGGUCUGUUCCUCAAACGGUUCUUUCACGAUGCAGGAACAACUGUAUUCAUCCUCUCUGUGAUUUAAAGUCGCUCAUUUGAUGAAUUGUUCACAUUUUCAUAAGGCCAUGUGUAUUAUGUCGAAUUAAAAUCUCGUGAUUAGCUCAUAAAGCAGUGCUGAGGUUUGCAUACAAUGAGUUUAGGAUAGAAAUGUUUAAAAAAACAAACAAAAGAUAUUUGUGAUAUUUAAACUUUUAAUAAAAUGAAUAA